UUUCACCGCGACUACGGUAUUUCUCUUACUCCUCCGGGUAGAGUUUAGGCAGGAACACUCGUUCAGGGCAACUUUUACCAAACCGAUUUGACCUUGCUUUCUGAGCUCGCCGGGGCAAAGCUCUCGGCACACUUCAAUUUCUUCUACUAUUGAAUGAGCUGUGUUGACGUCCCGGUACAAUCUUCAUCGCUUGCACAUAGCUCUGCCCAACUUCCUAAUUCAGAGCAACAUGGCCUUCCUCUACUUGGCGGCAGCUCGCCGCCCCCCAAGCUCAACCCCUUAGCUGGAGAAUUUGAACCCGGGAAACUCCAUCAUGGUGUCAGGCCGCAGGCCCAGACCGGAAGGCAGGGUCGCGGACGUGGCGGUCGUGGGGGACUGUCAGCCGCCAUGAACCGUAGUAGCCAGGCAAGCAGUCAGCAGCAACAGCAGCCAUCGCGGCAACCGCCGGCCGCAACAACAGAUGCGGCCGCGGCCCCAACCACCGACAGCUCAACCGGUGGCGGCGGUGGCCGCGGUGGAAGUGCUGGCAGCGUCAGCGGCGCCACCCGCACCAACGCCGCUGCCGGUGCCGCUUCCUCUGCGGGCGUCAGCGCUAGCCGCGGCGGUGCAGCUGCACCUGGUGGAGGCGGUGGAGGCGGGGGGGCUGCUAACGCCAACCACCUGCUCAACUUCCAGUACGAGUCGGCGUGGGGGAGCAGCGGGCGGGGAAGCGGCCGUGGCGGAGGCGGCAGGUCCGCGAGCACCCGCAGCGGAGGUACGACACCCGCCUCUGCUCGCCGCUACGGCGGCGGAGGCAGCAGGUACGACAAGCCGCAAAAGUACGACAAGAACAAGUUCCUGCAAGCGAACUUCCGCUUCCUGGUGUCGGAUGCGGUGGACGUGUCGGCCUUCGAGGCGGAUGCGGACAAGAUGUUCGACUGGGAGGAUGUGCUGCAGGUUGAGAUGUGCAGCGCGGUGCCGGUGCAGUGCCCCAUCUCGCUGGACAGCCCGCCGCUGUGCCCGCAGAUCACCCCCUGCGGCCACGUGUUCUCUUUCCCCGCCAUCAUGCACCACCUGGUCAACCACGGGGGCGAGCAGCUCAGGCGCUCCGCCCCCUGCCCCCUGUGUUUCGCCCCCGUGGUAGCUCGGGAGCUGCGGCUGGUGCGCAUACGACAUGCCGUACAGCCCCCCCGCGUGGGCGCCCCCCUCACCCUCGCCCUCAUCCGCCGCAACCGCAACUCCAUCAUUCCGCAGCCCGUGGAUGCGGCUGCCGCAGCAGCGGCGGCUGCAGUGGAAGGGGGAGGCGGUGGUGGUGAAGGCAGUGGGGGCGGCUUCGCCGCCAAUGCGCCUUCUCUCUUUGACCGCAACCCGUUUGCCAAGUUUGUGGUGGCGGGGGAUGGUCGGGGGGGUGCCCUGGGGGAGGAGGCGGCGGGGCUGUGGCGGGCGGCCGCGGAGCAGCUGGCGGCGUGUGCGAUGCAGCUGGUGUCGGAGGGCGGCUCCGAUGCGGCGCAUGAGGCGCCCUUCGUGUACGGCGCGCUGGACCAGCUGGCGGCGAGGGCGCGGCGCUGGGAGGAGCACCGGGCGGAGGGGCUGGCGGCGGCGAGGGAGG